AACUCCAAACUUGUAAAUCAGUAAAUCACUAUCUAUCCAUCCGUAUUCCCGAUUCCGUAAACCCAAAUCGUAAUCCGGUCAAAAACCUCUUAUCUUGGUAAGAUUGGAAAGGACGUAAGAAUGUUGUUCAAAUUAUAUGUCUAUGUAUACUCGUAAUGGAAUAUUCUCCUCUUUUAUUGGCUCAUUUUAAUGAUAGAAGAGCAGACAACCAUAUACUUUACAAACGCUUUGAUGAAGCAGUGAAUUGCCACAAAAAUGCAGCUGAACUGUUACUUCAAGCUAUGCAGUUGACUUCAGUGACUCGAGCAUUAGAAGCACUUAAGUUACAGUACGAGUAUCACAAAAAACAAGAAGACGUUAUACAGGUGAAGAAAUUUCAGUUUGAAAUACACAAGAAGAUAGUUGAUUACAGAAAUCGUAAGAUGACGAUGCAAAAGAAAACAUCACAGAAAGAAAGCAAAGAUCAAGAUCUACAAUGGGCCAUAUUCAGGACAAUGGAGGAGGCAGAUUCUCUGCUAGGCAUGUUACUACCCAAGGAGUCAGGCGCAGGUGACGAACUGUCCACAUCUCCAGGACAAAAGCGACCCAAGGAUGAUCGCACAGUGAUUGAGGAGCUUCAUACCCUCAACACACAACUACGAGCCUUUAUCUCCCAACUACUAGCUCAACUGGAGGCAUCUGAGAGACAGGUGGAAGCACUGAAGGCGAGGUUGCGAGCGUAUGAGGAUGACUCCCCCCCAGAACUGCCUGAGCUGGCCCCCCUGGAGAUGCCACAGUAUGACUUUACCAGCUCUGCAAGCCAUCUUUGAACUAGACAAGUGUAUUGUAAAUAAUGUGAUUACUUUAUGUUUCUAACUGUACAAACACUAUGAGUGAUACAGGUGUUGUGAGUUUUAUUUUAUUUGUUAUACAGUACUAUACAAGACAUGUUAUUAGUUGGGUGUUGCAGCUUAUUUUCAAGCUCCAAAAGAGUUCCCAAGAGGCUUAGAUUUCAUCCUCAUAGGAUUAAAUUUAUCAAAUAAAUUUGUUAUAAUAAUACUUAAA